GGAGAAAAGUGGAAUGCUUGGAUUCCAUUGCCUGGCUUUUCACUUCAGCUGUUCCUGGUGCAAGAUGUGUCAUUAGAACUAUCACUUUGUUCUUAAUCUACAAAGGACUUGGCUGUUCGAAGGGUAUGAUUAUGUUGGAUUGUUUUUUUUUGUAAAGAGUAACAAAAUGCUUAUUGGAUUCUCUGAUGAGCUGGCUUCUGUUCUUCCAGCGAUCAGAGCUACUUCUGUGUUUACAGGCGUGAAGCCACACAGCUAAGUGAUUCCAUUUAAACAUUUUGAAAGUAGUACUUAUGUAUUGCUUUACAGCUUAGCAUGAUAGAAUUUAAUAAACUUAGUGAAUAUGGCUUAUGAAAAUUUUCAAUGGGCUUUCAGUUAUACGUUACCAGAACUGUUCAGUGCCUAUAUGACUUUGUGCUUUUUCCUGCUUGCUUAAUGUUAGUAAAUCUAAAGCUGUCUGAGGUGCAACUGGAGGAAUAAUUCCACCACCUGCCCCUUCAGUUCCAUUAGAUUGAGGUUGGAUGUUGUGUUCUGCCAACAAAUUCUCAAUGGAAUAUUCUAAUGCGUUCUUAGAAUUACUGAAAUGCAUUAGCUGUGAUGUUCAGAUGCACUUAACUUUUGAGAUGGAAAGAAAUCGACUUAUCUCAAAAAUGCUUGAGCCAAAAUCUGGGGGGGGUCUUUAAUGUAUUCUUCAGUUUCUGUAGACUUGAUCUAUAGAAGUAUAGUGUGAAGGACUUGGCUUUGUUGUAGUUACUAAUACUACGUGGCCUAUACAUCCCCAUUUCUGUCUGGACAAAUGUAGUUGAUUAACUGCUUCGGUUAAUUUAAUGAACAUUUUCAUUCUUUCUUUUGCAUACCCACACAUUAAUCAGAUAUGGUAGCCAUCCACUAACGGAGCAGUGCGCAGAUGCAGGGCUGAGAGAAAGAUGUGAGAAAAGAGAAGGAAAUGGAGAAUCCAUUCUCAAAGCAGUACUCAUUUGACUACUGGUUGCUACUUCCUGCUGUGCAGGGACUUGGUUGCAGCUUUAUGUGCCCAGAUAGCAGAUCGAAGUCUUCAGUCUGCUUCUGCUCAAGGUGGCUGGCAAACACUUCUGUGAACUGAAAGUUAAAGCUUCCUUAUUGGGGUUUUAGCAUGUUGACAGCAUCUUAGUUGCACUACAGUAGCUAAAAUGCUAGAAUUAAUGCAGAUUCUUGUCACUUCUUUUUUGAGCUCUCAAGCUUGAAUUAUUGCUGCAGUCAGUAGUUCUGCAGUAAACAAAAUGCCUGGCUCUAUGUGGUAACUCAUGAGCCAGAUCUGAAGAUUCCUGUUUCAAACUCAGUGUGUUGAUCUGUUAACUGAAACAGUUCUUACAGUACCCUGAUUUUUUCUUUACAUGCAAGCAGUGACUUAAGAGCUGCAUCAGUCAAACAGCAAAUUUCAUAAGCUAAGGUUUUCUAUGGGAGUUUCUCCCCUCCAAUAUAUCCCUUCUAUCUGUUUUGCUAGGGUAUUAAAUAUUGUUCUUAAUUUCUUACUAGACAAAGCUUCUCACUUCUGUGAUGAGAUGCAGGUUUUUGGAGAAGGGAGGUCUAUGGGACGUGUUCUUCCUUCCCUUUUCUACUAUGGGAAAGAAUUCUUUGGACUUAGAUUCAUUAAGCUGAAAAAUGGGCAAUAUAGCAAUUGGAAACACAUAUGCACUGCAGUUUUGUCUCUGUAGUCUGAUGCUUAGUUGCCUUCUUGUGUCAGUGUGCUCUUGGCUCGUCUCCCCACAGCCCAGCCCCUGACAUCCUAAUACCUUCUUGCACACUGUGUAGAGGGUCACAGCAUUCUCAUCUACAGGUUGACUGGAUAGUGAACAUGAAUUCACAAAUAAAAAGGCAGGUGAAGAUGCUUUGGUGGGCCAUCUUCUUCACUAAGAGCUUGUUUUGGAAAGUAUCUUGAGAGAUCACAUCAUCUAGUGAGGCUAGAAGGCUGGAUCUGUAUCACUUCUAGUAGAGUUGUUCCUGAUCUGUAACCUGACUCUCUCUACCUAAGCUGAGGCCUAUUUCUUCUACAGAUGUGGAACAAAAUGCCCUUGCUGAGACCUUGAAAAUCUCCUUGGGGUAUCUGAAGUCCAUAUGGCUAUGUAUGAUGAAGACCUCUUGAAAAAUCCCUUUUAUUUGGCCAUUCAGAAGCGACGUCCUGAUCUCUGCAGCAAAGUUGCAGAACUCCAUGGUAUUGUAUUAGUUCCAUGCAAAGGAAGCCUUUCAAGCAACUGUCUUUCCAACUGCCAGUUUGAAUCUUAUGUACUGAAGCCACUAGAAGAAAAUUUUCAGACCUUAAAUGGAAAGGAGAUCUUCAUACAAGGAAAUCUUGUCAUCUUAGGAAACGGUUUUAACUACCAUCUCUCGGUACCUGUUCUUUUUGAGGAAACAUUUUACAAUGAAAAAGAAGAGAGCUUUAGUAUUUUGUGCAUAGCUCAUCCACUGGAAAAAACAGAAAACUCAAAUGAAUCUACAGCUUCGUCAAACCUUUAUUCUCUUAAAAAUAUCGAAGAUGUUAGAGAAUUCUUGGGAAGGCACUGUGAGAGAUUUGAUAAAUACAUAGGAUCCUUCUACCGAACAUUUAAAGAACAUGAACGGAAAAGCCUCCGCCACUACAUAGAUUCUGUCAGUGCACUUUAUACCAAAUGUCUCCAGCAUCUUCUGAGAGAUUCACACUUGAAGAUGCUUGCGAAGCAAGAAGAACAGAUGAAUCUGAUUAAACAAGCAGUUGAAAUGUAUAUCCACCAUGCUAUUUAUGAUCUAGUCUUUAAAUAUGUGGGGACUAUUGAGGCAAGUGAGGAUGCUGCUUUUAACAAAAUCACAAGAAGCCUUCAAGACCUCCAGCAAAAAGACAUUGGAGUAAAGCCUGAGUUUAGUUUUAAUAUACCACGUGCGAAGCGAGAACUGAGUCAGCUGAACAAAUGUACUUCCCCUCAACAGAAGCUACUUUGUCUACGAAAAGUGGUACAAAUUAUUAUGCAGUCUCCUAGCCAAAGAGUUAACAUGGAAACCAUGUGUGCAGAUGAUCUUCUCUCUGUCUUGCUGUAUUUACUUGUGAAAACAGAAAUCCCAAACUGGAUGGCCAACUUGAGUUACAUCAAGAACUUCCGGCUUUGCAGUUCGGUGAAGGAUGAAUUGGGAUACUGUCUAACUUCAAUUGAGGCUGCAAUAGAAUACAUACGACAAGGCAACCUCUCUGACAGAUCAACAGAGUCUGACAGGCUGUAUGACAAGCUGCUUUUAAGACAAAGGAUGAACUUUUUGUCCCAGAUGGCUACUACUCCAAUAGACUGCUUAUUUAAGCAUAUUGCUUCAGGUAAUCAGGAGGAAGUGGAGCGAUUACUAAGUCAAGGUGACAGUGAUAAGGACACUGUACAAAAAAUGUGUCAUCCGCUCUGUUACUGUGACAAAUGUGAGAAGCUAGUUUCUGGGAAACUGAAUGAUCCUUCAAUUAUCACUCCAUUUUCCCGAGAUGACCGGGGGUAUACACCACUUCAUAUAGCUGCUAUUUGUGGACAAACGUCAUUAGUGGAUUUACUAGUAGCCAAAGGAGCCAUUGUCAACGCUACAGAUUACCACGGUUCAACUCCACUUCACCUUGCCUGUCAGAAGGGAUAUCAAAACGUUACACUUCUCUUAUUGCACUAUAAGGCAAGUACUGACGUUCAGGACAAUAAUGGAAAUACUCCACUUCAUUUAGCCUGCACUUAUGGUCAUGAGGAUUGCGUCAAAGCAUUAGUCUACUAUGAUGUGCAUUCCUGUAGACUAGAUAUUGGAAAUGAAAAGGGAGAUACCCCUCUUCAUAUAGCUGCUCGUUGGGGUUAUCAAGGGAUCAUAGAAGUGCUUUUGCAAAAUGGGGCAAAUCCAAAUACUCAAAACCGGAUGAAAGAGACUUCUCUACAGUGUGCAUUAAAUUCCAAGAUUUUGUCACUGAUGGAAUUAAACUAUCUAACCUUUGAGCGGGGACAGAGUGCUUCUGAGUCACCACUUCGGUCUCCUCAGCACUCAACAGAAACUUUCAGCAGAGGAUCAUCUGUCUCUAGUUUGUCAUCAGCAUCAAUUGAUACCAGGCAAGAUGAAGCGAAGAACAGUUAUAAAGAGGUGGAAAAACUCCUAAGAGCAGUUGCUGAUGGAGAUCUGGAAAUGGUACGUUAUCUCUUGGAAUGGACAGAAGAAGACUUAGAAGAUGAAGAUGACACAGUCAGUACAUCAAAACCAGAAUUCUGCCAUCCUUUAUGCCAGUGUUCAAAAUGUGGGCCAGCACAAAAGAAAUUUGCAAGGGUCCCUGCUAAUGGUCUUGGUGUAAAUGUUUCAAAUCAAGACGGUUUUACACCAUUGCAUAUGGCUGCACUGCAUGGACACUCUGACCUUGUCUCUCUCUUGUUGAAACACGGAGCCAGUAUCAGUGCCAAGAAUGCAGAACAUGCAGUGCCUCUUCAUUUAGCCUGCCAAAAAGGUCACUCCCAGGUGGUAGAAUGUCUAAUGGAUUAUAAUGCUAAACAAAAUAAAAAGGACGCAUAUGGAAAUACCCCUUUAAUUUAUGCAUGCUUGAAUGGUCACUAUGAGACUACUGCCUUGUUGUUACAGCGUGGAGCUUCUGUUAACCUUUCUAAUGCCAAAGGAAAUACAGCACUGCAUGAGGCUGUGAUAGGGAAGAAUGAAGCCCUGGUAGACUUGCUGCUUCAGAAUGGUGCAAUGACACACAUACGGAAUGAAAGGAACUGUACCCCUGCAGACUGUGCUGAGCCGAAUUCAAAUAUCAUUAAGUUGCUGGAAACAGCAGCAAGCUAUGUACCUCCAGCAGCAGAGGGAGAAAAGGAGUGUGAGCAGCAUGCUACUAUCAAGAUAAGAAAAAAAGUGAAUUCUGAGCCAUGUGAGAAAGCCGAUGAUCCCAUAAGCAGACAUCAACUCGUCCAAUCAAUUAACAGAUUUAACAAAGCAAAACAUUUACGGAGAACAAUAACAAGAGAUAAAAGUGUCCCAAAUUUGGACUAUCAGUUCUUGCACCAGUUAGCUAUUAAAAGCUUUGACAAAACCAAGUUAAAAUCUGUUGAAACGCUGGACCAGAACAAAGCUAAGAUUAUUGACGCAGAAUGCAGUGGCGAGUUUACGAAACAUGAUGACAUGAUAGAAACUCCUUGUAGGAAUAAAUUAAUGCACCGGAGACACACUGUUAAUGUACCGCUUUCAGCUGAGGGUGUCAGCAGUAAUACUUUAUCCAGCCCUGGAAGUCCAAGUAUUUCACAAUCAAGAGACUGCUGUGAUGACUUGCUUUCUGAACAUUGACAAAGAAAUGCAAAUGUGAUGUCAAAAACUGAGGAACCAGGUGGUGUUGAUUUCAGUAUCCCUUUGCUGCAUAUCAAAGAACUCAGUGAGACUUGCAAGCUAUGCCUUCAGAAGAGAAUACAGGGAUGACUCUUCAGCAGAAACAGAAUGUUCCUAGAACUUUUGAAGACUGAAUCCUCUGUCUGUGUUGGAGGUAUCUUCAGAGCCGGAUCGUUACUGAACUCAACAGGGAAGUACUGACAUACAUAGGCAGUAAAGUUACCUUCCUGUUCUACUUAGCACUUACUGAAAAAUUACACGUAACAGUAAACCAGACCAAACCCUGUAUUGUAUUUUUUCAGCCAUCCACUUUGUUUUUAAAGUCUUUGAAUAAUUUUCACAUUUUCAGUUUUUACCACUACAAUGGAUAAAUAUAUAUAAAUAUAUAUAUUUAUAUAUAUAUAUAAAGAUAUAUUGGAUAACAAGCUAUUUAUUGACAGAGGUAAUUGAAAUGUCUAUUUUUAUUGAAGUAUUACAAACCGUUAUAGUCUAUAUUUCUGUAUAUUUCAGUAGCUGAGAAAACAGUAGUCCAUACCAUCUGUGACACCAUGUUAGACGUAUAUACAUGCUAAUAAUAUAAAGGGAACUAAUCUUUGCUGAUUUCUUUGUAAUGCUCCCCUGUAUCGGAUCUGCGACGUCAAGUUCUUCUUAGGAGCCAAGACAGUGGGGAGAAGUAGAGAACCCUUGCAAGGCUAAACUGUCAGCUCAGUGUUCAGCCCGAUUAAAAAAUAUGUGGAGCAAGAGUGCAUAAGGACACACAAAAUUGUUUUAAGGUUUGUUUUUCUCUUCCUCUAAAGCUAGCCAUUCAAUAAAUGCACAGGCAUUCAUGGUUCUGAAGCUGGGCGACAUCUGCAGACAAAACUGCUGCUUAAGAGCCUGAACCCAGACUGUUAUCUAAAGAAGUGAACUUCCAGUUCUGAAAGGUACCUCUCACAUCAGUUGGCUUUUGUUGGAAUAGAUCAUUCCCAGAGGUGAUCACUGAAGACUCAAAAGCUCACAAGUAACUGAGAUGGCUGCUUAAAUUCGGACUUUGUUUUCUACGGUUUCGGUAGUAAAACGUGUACAUAGCACAGGCCAGGUUCCUAAGUGCAGUAUUUUUUUAUUCUUGCCUCACCACAUCCAGCUUUCAUUUUAUUUCAUAAAAUAUUUGUAUGACUAAUUCUGUUUCUUUUAAUUGCAAUAUUAGUAAACUGCCUGGCAAAGUAGAAAGCUGGAGGACAUACUGGUGAUUUUUUUCAAGUAACUUUUUAAUCUAAGAGCUAAAAUUUGCAGCAAGUGCACAUUUAGACAUUUGGAGUUGAGGAUCUUGUGUUUAUUUUUCUAAUAAUUUAUGAGUUUAUCUGAUUUUCCUAAUGUGCCUUGGAUUCGUGCCAAAAGAUGGAAAGAAAAAGCUAGUAAAGUAAUUGUUGAAAA